GUGAGAAAGCAUGUGUUUGAAGUUUAGAAGUUGUGUAGAUGUUUUUGUAAAACAAAAUAUAUUUUAAUAUUAGUGUAUUGCGCUGAAAUCAUGACUAUGGAUAGUGAUACUAAUAAUAGUGAUAACAAAGAAUCGGGUUCAGAAGAAGAGCAACAAGAAGAACCCAAAAUCGAGGAAAAUGUGGAAGAAACUGUCACAUUUAAAGAUUUAGGUAUAGUAGAUGUACUAUGUGAAGCAUGUGCAGAAUUAAAAUGGAAAAAUCCAUCAAAGAUCCAAAAAGAAGCAAUACCAGUGGCACUCCAAGGCAAAGAUAUAAUAGGACUAGCAGAAACAGGUUCGGGCAAAACAGGAGCGUUUGCUCUACCAAUUUUACAAUCGCUGUUGGAAAACCCACAAAGAUACUUUGCACUAAUAUUGACACCUACCAGAGAAUUGGCUUUCCAAAUAUCAGAACAGUUUGAAGCACUUGGUGCGAGCAUUGGAGUGAAAUGUGCAGUGAUAGUGGGGGGCAUGGACAUGGUGGCGCAGGCUUUAGCACUCUCCAAGAAGCCCCACAUCAUCAUUGCAACGCCAGGCAGACUUGUGGACCACCUGCAGAAUACUAAAGGAUUCAAUUUGAAAGCUUUGAAGUAUCUUGUAAUGGACGAGGCAGACCGCAUACUAAACAUGGACUUUGAAGUAGAAGUGGAUAAGAUCCUGCGUGUUAUACCAAGGGAGCGUCGAACCUACCUAUUCUCUGCCACCAUGACUAAGAAAGUGCAGAAGCUACAAAGAGCUUCCCUGCAAGACCCAGUCAAAGUUGAAGUUUCUACAAAGUAUCAGACUGUUGAGAAAUUGCAGCAGUACUAUGUUUUUAUACCUGUGAAGUAUAAGGACGUGUACCUGGUGCACAUACUGAACGAGAUGGCGGGCAACUCGUUCAUCGUGUUCGUGGGCACGUGCGCGGGUGCACUGCGUGCCGCACUACUGCUACGUGCUCUAGGCGUGCCCGCCGUACCACUGCACGGGCAGAUGUCGCAGCCCAAGCGGCUGGCGGCGCUCAACAAGUUCAAGAGCAAGAACCGCUCCGUGCUCAUCUGCACCGACGUGGCCUCCAGGGGUCUAGACAUCCCCCACGUAGAUGUGGUGAUCAACCUGGACAUUCCGCUGCACAGUAAGGACUAUAUUCACCGCGUGGGCCGGACGGCACGAGCGGGCCGGGCUGGCAAAGCCAUCACAUUCGUCUCGCAGUACGACGUGGAAUUGUAUCAGCGUAUCGAACAACUUAUUGGCAAGCAACUUCCGCUGUACAAAACUGAGGAGAGCGAAGUCAUGGUACUGCAAGAGAGAGUGGCCGAGGCGCAACGUCUUACUAAAAUUGAAAUGAAGGAGUUGGAAGAUAAGAAAGGUGCGAAAGGCAGGAAGCGCGGGGCCGAUUCGGACGACGAUACCGAAGAAGCGGCCGGCGUGCGGCGCCGCAUCAAAGGGAAGGGGAAACCCAAACAUGGCGGCAAGAAGAGACGUUGAAUAAAUUUAUGAAUCAUUCA